AAUCCUCGUUCUUUCUUCCUUUUCUCUUCGUUUUGUUCUACGCAAGGAAAUACAAAGCUUUGAGAUUUGCUCUGAUUUGAAAGGAAGUGAAAGAAAAAUGUGGAAGAGAGUGUUAAGAGAAGCUACCGUGAGGCAGCCAUGGAGUAUGAUAGCAAGUAAGAGAUGCUUGUCAUCACCACCAACAAGCAAAUCCGCCUCUGUGGACACACUGUUGCUUCGGUAUCUGAAAGAACACUAUGUUGAAGUCUCCAAGAUGAACCCUCCUCCUAAAAUGAACCCUCCAUCUGAGUUUUCAAUAGUAAAAGGUGCUUUGGAUGGGAAUGGUCCAGUUUUGACUCGCACCUAUGGGAAUGAGGAAAUUAAACUCUCUGUAAUGAGGAUGGCGUAUGCUGUACCUGGUGGUGGGGAGGACGAUGAAAAUGACGAGGACAUGAAUCAGUUGUUCCUUCAUGUGGAUGUCUCGAAGCCUGGACAAGAUAAAUCUCUGCAUUUUCUAUGUGGACUUUAUCCAGAUGCACUGGGAGUUCACUCUGUUUCUUUGAGGCCAAAGCUUGACAGUGCUGAUUUUCUUGAGGUUACAGCUACAUACAGUGGCCCGCAGUUUGCGGAACUUGAUGAAAGGAUGAGAGAUGCAUUCCACGGUUUUAUUGAAGAACGAGGUGUGGAUGAGAAGCUGUUUAAUUUCCUUCAGGCAUGGUUGUAUGUGAAGGAGCACCGGAGUCUUAUGCGUUGGUUUAAAACAGUGGGCAUGUACAUCAAUGAAAAUAAGCCAGCUAAGAGUUCUUAAUAUUGUCAUAAGGGGGUUUCGUAAAAUGAUUUAUCUGCAAGCGAAAAUGCUAGACUGCUACCAAGUUGAUGGCAUAUCUGCUUGAUUACUAGCUGGUGAUUCAUUACAUGGGCAAAGAUGGGCAACAUUCUUCUCGGACAUGCUUAUUUUUAAGUGCUUUUGCAGCUUGAUCAAAUGUUUUCUUCAUAAAUUUCUUCGUGUCUAGAGGAAGAUUGUUUGGUGUGAAGUAGAAGACAAAGAUUCUGGGCUCAAAUUGCUCGAGUAGCUUAUUACUAUGUAUACCUCCCACUUUAACACUGCCCUCCUGUUUCGUAUCUUAUAACAUGUUGCACUUUGCCAUUUCAAAAUCAAAGCUGAUGGAAAUUUUUAUAUUGAA